CGGUGGUGCGACAUCAUCGUCUACGAGCGCGCAUUCCGGCUGAUCGAGAGGCAAAGGGAAAGAGAUUGCAGCAGAGAGAGAGAGAGAGAGAGAGAGAGAGAGAGAUCUCCAUCGUCGUUGGCCAUGGCGUGGAGGGAGAGCUACUUGGACGUGGUGCUGAUCCCGCUCGCCGUCCUCUUCCCCGCGGUGUACCACCUCUGGCUCUGGCGCGCCGUCCGCCGCAGCCCGCUCAGCUCCACCGUCGGCAUCAGCGCCGCCGCGCGCCGCCUCUGGGUCUUCUCCAUGAUGAAGAACAACGAGAAGCAGGCGAUCCUGGUGGUGCAGUCGGUGCGGAACGUGCUCAUGGGCUCCACGCUGGCGGCCACGACGUCCAUCCUCUUCUGCACCGGCGUCGCCGCCGUGCUCAGCAGCACCUACGCCGUGAAGAAGCCGCUCAGCGACGCCGUCUUCGGCGCGCACGGCGAGUACAUGAUGGCGCUCAAGUACGUCGUCCUCCUCCUCGUCUUCCUCCUCGCCUUCCUCUGCCACAGCCUCGCCAUCUGCACGCUCAACCAGGCCUCCUUCCUCGUCAACGCGCUCUCCCCGUCGCCGGCGCUCCACCUCCCGCUCACCAGGGACUACGUCGCCGACGUCAUGGAGAGGGGGUUCCGGCUCAACCUCGCCGGCAACCGGCUCUUCUUCGCCGGCGCGCCGCUCCUGCUCUGGAUCUUCGGGCCCGUCCUGCCGUGCCUCUGCUCCAUGGCCGUGCUCCCGAUACUUUACAACAUCGACACGGUCGAGUACGUCCAGAAAGGGAGCAGCAAUGGCGAGGCCAAUGCGAAGGUGGACAUGGUGCAUACCGAGAGUGAUCAGAGCACUGAAGUCUGAUGUGAUGAUGGUUAAGUUUAGACAGGCAGAAAUUCAGGCAAGAAGCAUCACCAUGGAAUAUGCUUUACAUUGGUGCCAAUUCAACUGUAGAAUGUUGCAAGUUGUUGGGAUGCAUUUGUGCAAGCUAGGCUUCCUUUUUCACUGGCAACUAACUAGUUUGUGCUCUA